GAGGACCUCGAGGGGCGGCGGGCCCGGCCGAGGGCCUCCUCGGCCAGCUGUGGCUGGCUGGGCGCUGCCCCCCUGCCAUGGGCGCCAGGCCUGCUGCGCACCACCAUGGCGGUGGAGGCCCAGCAGGCGGGCACCAUCUUCUUCGACGCCGCCAGCAGGGCCACGGGCAGCGUGCAGGUGGACCAGAGCACCGUCGUGCGGACGCUGCCCAAUGGCAAGGUAGAAACCUGGCGCGUGAUCGAGUGGAGCUUCGACCCCUUCGCGCAGGGGGCGCCGUCGAAGACGAAGAGGAGGAGGGAGCCGGAGCCGCCGGUCCAGGCGAUCAGCGAGUCCGCCAGCGAGUACGAGAGCGCCUCGGAAGAGCCCCCGCCAGG